AUGGUUCAAGACAUUCGGGAGCGCGACCAGGCAAAUGUGCGGCGCCGCCGUUAUGAUGUUGCCUGGCUGCGGGUGCGCACCUGCACCUCGGACCCGGACUCACAUUCGACUGCAGAAAGGUACCAAGCUACCAUUGCAACCGAGCUUUUAGAUACAUGGCAAGAAAAGCACGACAUAGAUCAGAAAUGGUCCAACGUCAAGGCGGCUAUCGACAAGUCUGCUGCGUCUGUCUUGGGCUUUUCCCGGCGUCGCCAACCAGACAGGUUUCGGGAGGCAGAGUCAGCCAUCCAGUCAUUGCUAGAUGAACGGAAUCGGUGCUAUACCGACUGGCUAUGUAGUGGCCAGAGCCGCGACUGCUCGCACUACACAGCCUUUAAGGUGGCUAGAUCCAGGGCACCUGCUUCCAUAUCCUCGGCUAGGAUAGACUGGAUAAAGGCAAAGGCACAGGCGGCUACAGAGUCGAGAUUCAAUGGAGCGGUUGUAUGGAAGAGCAUCCAUGACCUCCAGUCUUGUACUCGGGGCCUCGCCCCUGUGCGCACUUCCGCCGUGCUGGAUGAGAACAGUAACAUCUGUAGUUCGCCAGAGGAGCAGAGCCACCGGUGGGGAAGACACUUUGACGGUGUCCUCAACGUGGCAAGUACAUGGAAUCGCAAUGCCCUGGACGACAUCCCACAGCGACAGGAGGUUGAUCAUCUUGCUGAGGCGCCGACUCUCCAUGAAGUCAGCCUCGCUAUCUCCCGCCUACAGAACGGCAAGUCCGCUGGAGCCUCUGGCAUCCUCCCUGAGAUGCUGAAGAGGGUGGCCCUGACCUCACCGCCAAGCUUGUGGAGCUGUUUAGCGAUGUGUGGCGUGCUGGGGUGGUCCCGCAGGAGCGGGUGGAAGCCACAUUGGUCCCCAUCCCAAAGAAAGGGGAUUUAUCUCGCUGUGAUAAUUGACGGGGUAUCUCACUGCUGGAUGUUGUGGGCAAGGUUCUGGCGAGAGUCAUCCAGACUCGUCUCCAGUCCGUGGCUGCAGAUUUUCUCCCAGAGUCUCAGUGUGGCUUCAGGAGUGGCCGAUCUUGUACAGAUUAUGGUUUUCAGUGUUCGGCAGUUCCUCGAGAAGACCAUUGAGCACGACUGCAAAGGCUUCUUUGUAUUUAUAGACCUCAAGAAAGCCUAUGAUUCCGUGCCUCGGGAUUGCCUGUGGGAAGUCUUAUCCCGAGCGGGUAUCCCUGCUCCCAUGCUUGCCGUGAUCAGUUCCUUUCACACUGACAUGUCGGCGGUGAUUCGGGUAGAGAACACGACAACUGACCCUAUCCGCGUCACGAAUGGUCUCCGCCAGGGGUGCACCAUGGCACCUGUGCUGUUUAACAUCUUCAUGUGGGUGGUGGUGACUGUGUGGCAGCGACGAGUCCGAGAUGUACCCGGUGUUGGUUUUGAGUUCCGGCAUUGUGAUGGUGACAAUAACCUUUACCGCAAGCCUACCAGUAGUGACUACACCCAAUUUCCCAAACUUGCUCCGAUUGCUUCGAUUUUGGUCUCAUUCGAUUCUCCCAGGCAUAGUACAUAG